GAAAUUAUCAGACUACAACAUGAACAAGCUACCAUGAAAGAAAGAAUUAAAGAUAAUAAAGAAAAAAUUAAAUUAAACAAACAACUUCCUUAUCUUGUUGGUAAUGUUGUUGAGCUACUUGAUGUUGAUCCAGAAGAAGAAGAAGAAGAAGGAGCUAAUAUUGAUCUAAAUAAUCAAAGAAAAGGAAAAUGUGCAGUGAUCAAGACAUCCACAAGACAAACCAUCUUUUUACCUUUAAUUGGUUUAGUAGAUGCAGACUCUUUAAAACCUGGAGAUCUUAUUGGUGUCAAUAAAGAUAGUUUCUUGAUUUUAGAUAAAUUACCAGCAGAGUAUGAUUCUCGGGUAAAGGCAAUGGAGGUAGACGAAAAACCAACAGAAGAUUAUAAUGACAUUGGUGGUCUUGACAAACAAAUUGAAGAAUUAGUUGAAGCAGUUGUGUUGCCCAUGACACAUGCAGAUAAAUUUAAAAACCUAGGUAUUAAACCUCCUAAGGGUGUUUUAAUGUAUGGACCACCUGGUACAGGUAAAACACUUUUAGCUAGAGCAUGCGCUGCACAAACCAAUUCUGCCUAUCUCAAGCUGGCAGGUCCUCAAUUAGUUCAAAUGUUUAUUGGCGAUGGUGCUAAAUUAGUACGCGAUGCUUUCGAAUUAGCUAAGGAAAAGGCACCUGCAAUUAUUUUCAUCGAUGAACUAGAUGCUAUUGGUACAAAACGAUUUGAUUCCGAAAAGUCUGGCGACCGUGAAGUUCAACGUACUAUGUUAGAGUUACUAAAUCAAUUAGAUGGUUUUUCAUCAGAUGAUCGUAUUAAGGUCAUUGCAGCCACCAAUCGUAUUGAUAUUUUAGAUCCUGCUUUACUACGUUCAGGACGUUUAGAUCGUAAGAUUGAAUUCCCUCUACCUAAUGAAGAGGCAAGAGCACGUAUUCUUCAAAUUCAUUCUAGAAAGAUGAACGUCAGUAAGGAUGUUAAUUUUGAAGAAUUAUCGAGAUGUUGUGAUGAAUUUAAUGGUGCACAAUGUAAGGCUGUUUGUGUUGAAAGUGGUAUGUUGGCUUUAAGAAGAGGUGCUGUGGAGAUUACACAUGAAGACUUUAUGGAGGCUAUUCAAGAAGUUCAAGCAAAGAAGAAGAUGACAUUACAAUACUAUGCAUAAAUACUCGCUAUAAUUAAAAAUAAUUUUCAAUGUUAUAUAUAAAUAUAUGUAUAUUUU